AUGGGUGACCUUCCAAAGGGUGGGGUACCUGCUGCAAGCCUUCACACCAGCAUGCUUCAAGAUGUUCUUCCCAGCACUGUUGGAUCAGAAGUUUUGCUCUACAGCUACCAUAGGAGCUUCAAUGGAUUUGCAGCCAAGUUGACCAUGGAGGAGGCAGAGAAACUGAGAGGAAAGGAAGGGGUAGUGUCUGUGUUCGUUAGUCAAAAGAAGCAGCUCCACACAUCAAGGUCAUGGGACUUUAUGGGAUUCUCCAAAAAAGUGAAAAGAUCAGUUAUUGAAAGCAACAUCAUUGCUGGGAUGCUUGAUUCAGGGAUUUGGCCAGAAUCUCAAAGUUUUAAUGACACAGGAUUUGGUGCACUUCCAAAGAAGUGGAAGGGCACUUGCCAAACAUCAGCCAAUUUCACUUGCAACAAAAAAAUAAUUGGAGCUAGAUACUACCGGGCUGAUGGAUAUUUCGAUCCAGCAGAUUUCAAAUCUCCAAGAGACUCGGAAGGUCAUGGUAGUCAUACUGCAUCAACAGCUGCAGGUGGCUUAGUUAGCGAGGCAAGCUUAUAUGGCCUUGCCAAAGGGACGGCUCGUGGAGGGGUUCCAUCUGCCCGUAUUGCAGUGUACAAGAUAUGUUGGUUUGAUGGUUGCUCUGACGUGGACAUUCUUGCAGCAUUUGAUGAUGCAAUAGCAGAUGGUGUUGACAUAAUCUCUAUUUCAGUUGGGAGUUUCUUUGCAUCCGAUUAUUUUGAAGACUCGAUUGCUAUUGGUGCUUUUCAUUCAAUGAAGAAUGGAAUCCUGACAUCCAACUCUGCUGGUAAUGGUGGUCCUGAUCCUGCAUCGGUUGUGAAUAUUUCACCUUGGUCUCUAUCAGUUGCUGCUAGUACCAUAGAUAGAAAGUUCGUGACGAAAGUGAAACUGGGUAACGGUGAGAUUUAUGAGGGAACCUCUAUAAAUACAUUUGAUCUCAAGGGGAACAUGUACUCUUUCAUCUAUGGUGGAGAUGCUCCGAACAUCUCACUAGGUGUUACUCCCGAGAUUUCCAGGUAUUGCUGGCCAGGUACGUUGAACCAAACAUUAGUGAAAGGAAAAAUUGUUUUUUGCGAAUAUGAUAGCGAUGCUGAAGGUGCAAUGGAUGGAGGAGCUGUAGGCGUGGUAUUUCAAUAUGCAGAACAAAAAGAUUAUGAAUUCAGUUACCCUCUACCUCUUUCCAACUUGAACAUCGAUGAUGGAAGGACUGUUUUAACCUAUGUGACCACAACAAAAAAUCCAACUGCAACAAUAUACAAGAGCAUCCAAGACAAUAAUCAAUUUGCCCCUUUCGUUGUUUCAUUUUCAUCUAGAGGGCCUAACCCUAUUACAGCAGACAUUCUCAAGCCUGAUCUUACAGCUCCAGGGGUUGACAUAUUGGCGGCGUGGUCAGAAGCUACCACUGUAUCAGAAACUGAAGGUGAUACAAGAGCAGUUCCGUACAACAUUAUUUCUGGCACAUCCAUGUCUUGCCCACAUGCUACUGGGGCGGCAGCUUAUGUCAAGUCAUUUCAUCCAACAUGGUCUCCUGCCGCUAUUAAGUCUGCUUUAAUGACAACAGGUAGUAUUACUAUUUUUAUGAGUUCCAAGAACAACAUCGAAGGUGAGUUUGCGUACGGGGCAGGACACAUAAAUCCUGCACUAGCAACCCAACCCGGAUUGGUAUAUGAUACUGGGGAGAUUGAUUAUAUUAAAUUUUUGUGUGGACAAGGAUAUAGCCCUAAAAAUCUUCAGCUUAUAACUGGAAAUAAUAGCACUUGUUCCACAGAUACAAAUGGAACUGUGUGGGAUCUAAAUUACCCUUCCUUUGCAUUAUCUGCUACUCCUGGAAAAUCUAUCAUUAGGGUCUUUCAUAGGACAGUAACCAAUGUUGGAUUAGCUGUGUCAAAUUACAAGGCAGUUGUUAAUGCUCCACCAGGGCUUAUAAUCCAAGUUCAACCAAGUGUACUUUCUUUCAACUCUAUUGGCCAAAAGCAAUCCUUUGUUGUGACUGUUGCGGCUGAAGUUGGUAACUCUAUGAUCGCUGGUUCUUUGGUUUGGGAUGAUGGCCUGCAUCAAGUUAGGAGUCCUAUUGUCGCUUAUGCUUCCUUAUUCCAAUGAAUUUCAAGAAGAUCAAAGUUAUAAGCUUAUCCUUCUUCUGUUUGUUGUCAGCAUUUUACUCUUUUAGUUCCAUCUAUACAGCGAGUGAAUCUUACAUGAAACCAAUUGAAUGUGCAUGCAAUUACUUUCAUGUAGUUGAAAACUAUGUAAGUGAGAUGGAAAAUAAAGUGAGAGUCUGCAGAAUAUUGUAUCCUAAAUUAAUGUGCAUUUUGUUGAAAGAAAAUGCAAAACUAGUACUUAUAUGUACUAUUUUUGAAAGGCAGAGUAUUAUACAUGCUGAUUAUUCAUAG